AAAGAGGCUAUGAAAGAUUUGGACCUUGAAGCUGGGCAUAAUAAUGUGGAGAUGUCAUCUUCCACGACCCAUAUGCACACCGACCUUGGUCUGUUCUUGGAAGAGGCCGAAAAGGUGAAGCAGGAGAUGGGUUCUGUCCGGGACAUUCUGGGGCGUCUACAGCAAACCAACGAGGAGAGCAAGUCCCUCCAUAAGUCUGAAGCUUUGCAGUCCUUGCGCAGCAGAAUUAAUGCGGACAUUAUGACGGUGCUGAAGAAAACCAGGACUAUCAGAUCUCAGCUGGAGGACAUGGACCGCGCCAACGCAGCCAACAGGAGGCUCUCCGCCUACAAAGAAGGCACCCCGAUUUACAGGACCAGAAUUGCCGUCACCAACGGACUGCGAAAGAAGCUCAAGGAGCUUAUGAUGGAUUUCCAGGGCCUGAGACAGAGGAUGAUGACCGAGUACAAGGAGACUGUGGGGAGACGCUACUUCACGGUGACUGGAGAGCACCCGGAUGAGGAGGUUAUCGAAAAGAUCAUCUCGAAUGGGGAUGGAAACGGCGGCGAGGAGUUUCUUGGGAAGGCCAUACAAGAGCAUGGGAGGGGAAAGGUGCUGGAAACUGUGGUGGAGAUACAGGACAGGCACGACGCGGCGAAGGAGAUUGAGAAGAGCCUGCUGGAGCUGCAUCAGAUAUUCUUAGACAUGGCUGUGAUGGUGGAGGCUCAGGGAGAGCAGAUGGAUGAUAUUGAACACCAUGUCAUGAACGCUUCCCACUAUGUGAAGGAUGGAACAAAACAUCUGACGACUGCCAAGGGAUACCAGAGGAGCAGCAGGAAGUGGAUGUGUAUUGGAGUCAUAAUCCUGCUCCUGCUCAUUCUUGUCAUUGUCAUCCCCAUUGCCACUAGCUUCGCUAAUUCUUGAAUUCAAUUGGCAGUACUUUGAGUUUGCUUCAAUUGCUUGUGUUGAGGCCUUGGGGGGUAUGUUAAUGCUGUUUAGUUUCGUCUGUGGACUUGUUCUUUCUUUUUCUUUUUCUUUUUCUUUUUUGUUGGGUCAAAUUUCUUCUGUGAAGUUGGAUAUGUUUGUUUUGGUUCA